AGGCCCGGAUGUAAACAAAGGACCGUGCACUUGAACGGUAGCGUUUACUGGAUAUCUUGUCGAGACAAACACGUCCUGACCAGAGGCUGACUGUGGAGAAAAAGCCACUCUGGAGCGAAUGAAGAGACAUCCGAUCUUUCACUUCAUAUACAGAGGACUGCAAACGAAAGGGAAAAAGAGUAAAAUAAGAAAAUGGAGUACAAAUUACGAAAAGCUGAACCCAGAGAUGUGUCUGACAUCUUACGACUGGUGAAGGAGCUCGCAAAAUAUGAAGAGAUGGAGCACCAGGUUAAGCUGACUGAGAAAGAUCUCCUUGAGGACGGUUUUGGUGACACCCCAUUUUACCAUUGCAUCAUUGCUGAAAUCCAAGGAGAGAACAGCAGUGAUGAUCCCAAGGUGUUGGGUUUUGCCAUGUACUACUUCACCUAUGACCCCUGGAUUGGAAAGCAGCUCUACCUGGAGGACUUCUAUGUGAUGGAUCAGUACAGAGGGCUGGGCAUCGGCUCCAAGAUCCUGCAUCACCUCAGUGAUCUGGCGAUGAAGACACGCUGCACCGGCAUCAUGUUUGUGGUCGCAGAAAACAACGCGCCAGCGGUCCAGUUCUACAAGCGACACGGUGCCGAGGACCUCUCUCAGGAGGAGGGCUGGAGAGUGUUCCGGUUUGACAAGAACAGCCUGGUCAGGAUGGCCGGUGGAGCCGAGGAGUGACGGAGGCCAAGAGGCGUUUUCUCAAACAAGGGUUGGUUCCGUAUGCAGGUCACUGUUAAUAAAGCUUUUGUUUGUUUCUUAUUCACUUUUGUCAGUUUGAAAUGUCUUUCUCGGUCAUUUAUGUUUAAGCUUUUAUUAACCUUUGUCAUUAAAAUGAACUUUUGUUUCUCUUUUAAUUAUUGGUGUGAAUUAUGACCUGCUGCAAAUAAAAGGGAAUAUAUAGAGCAGUAAACAUACAUAGUCCGUUUUGUUUUCAGUUUUGCCUUUGCUUCACAUGUGGAUUUGACAUAUUGCACUGUUUGUUUUUUUUACUGAUGAGUGGUUGUUUCCAAAAGUAUAGUUCACAGAUGACUGUGAUGUUUUUUGACUGUUGACCUGAGAAUAUAAGGCCAUUUGAACAUCAUUUUGCAAACUGCAUUGUUUAAUAAUGCACCCCAGGAGAAACGCCUUUUUGUGAUAAUGUAUAAUUAAUAAUUAGUUAAGAAUUGAAAACAGAUUUUUCUUCCCGGGUAAACUGAUUUUUGAUUGAUAACUGUGUGCAAUAGUAAUGUAAAUAGAAACUGAGUACAUAAAACAAUAGGGUGUGUGUGACUGGGCCUGGCUUCAGGUAACACAGAAGUUUUAUGCGCAGUUCAAGUCAAAGAGCAGCGUUAACUGGGCCUGAGCCUGGAUAGAAGGUUAAAGUGUUCAAGGUGUCGCGACGGGUCCAUCAGAACAUCCAGGUAGGAACAGUUUAUGUAUGAAAUAGCAGCCUCUCAUUAACUGUCCUAACAAAAAACAUAGCUGGUUCAUUUAUCACAUGCGGAAAAACUGAAGCGGAACAACCACAGUCAAGGCCUGUUUGUGCAUUACAACAGAUCUGUGCUCCUUCCGUGUUUAAAUAUUAGGGUCACCUCUUCAGGAUCAUGGUUUGGUCGGGACAUGGAGCAAGUACCAUCCCACCACCUGUCAGUGUUGGACAGGAUUCAAACGCAGAACCAGACUGGAGGGUUGGGGCAGGGUGCGCAUCCACAUCAGGUCAAAAUAGCUCAACUGAAAACUUCAUAGUGAAUGAUCUUUAUUCUCCAUUAGGCCUAAUAGCACUGACAUUAUGUUGUCAGUCCUCGCAUGUAAUUAACAUUAGUAAAAGCGAAAGAAACGAAGAAGACAAAUAAAGGUAAGAAAGUGCAACUGAUUCAAGAUUUGAUGCCAUAAGGAAGGAAAGGAGAUAAGGAAUCAAGUGAUGUCCGGUGAUAAAUCUUUUGUUAACUUGAUAUAGAUUGUAUUUAUUUUCUCGGGCAUAAUCUAAAUAUGCUGUCUUUAAAUCAUAUUGAGGCCAUAACACUGAACCUACUAAUGAUGUUUUAACACUACAAAAUGCCGGUUAAACAUCAGCAACACAAGUUUAGUCCUUUUCCUGUUGUACUUUCCAUCUAUCACUUUUAAUCAUUUUAAGUGUUAUUCAGUACAAUAUUUGUGUCUUUGCUCUUUUAAUCGACAUUAAGGUUAAUGAGAUUUUUUUCUGCUAAUAAAACAAAUGUAAUGUAACAGUUCAUCUGUAAGCACAAGCAGAACUGACACACUUAUGGCAGAUAUGAAUUUUUCUUCAUUUCUCAGGGUCAAGCAACAGGUGAAUAAGAGAGAAGCCAAAAGAAGAUGGUGGAGGAACAAAGUCUAAACAUGUUUUAAUAGGGAUACGCUAAAAAGGAGAGAAGAUGUAAAGGAGAUCCAACCAAAAGCACCAGUGUUCCUCCACUGGAGGAGAAACACCAGAGAGAACGAAAAGACGCACCGAUAUAUUACAUGACAAACAUUCACGUCCAACUUUCCCCUCACAAAAGGCCAGUCACCCAGACUUGGAUGAUGAUCACUGGUCAGGGCCGUUUUCUGUAAGAAGUUAUCAGAAUCAGAAUCAGCUUUAUUGGCCAGGUGCGACGGACACACGUGGAAUUUGACUCAGGUACAUUGGCUCU